GUCUGCCUAAUCCAGGCUGAAAGGCAACACUCUUUUUUCAACCCCGAUCAUCCUCCCCUUCAAAACUCAUCAAAAUUCCAUCACCUUGUAUCAAUUUAUAAGAGUUUUUCAUCACCAAAAUGUCAGAAAAUCGUCGAGAUUCGAUUGCCGACGACUGGCUUGAAGUCGAUAGCGCUGCGUCUGUCAUUUCGAUGGAUUCACGUCCAUCGUCUCCAUCCCCAUCCUCAUCUUCCCCGCAAGAGACCCCUGCACCAACGACGCAAGUUGUCGUGUCAUCCCACGCUGGCCCAUCAAAUCCCACAUCACAGUCGCAACUCCCAUUGCACCCGAAAGAUAACGCCCUCGAGCUGUCCAGGGUCAUUCAGGAACAGCAAUUAUUCCCCGCGCAAGAUCCCAACGCGAGGAUCUAUGUCGAUCCAUCCAAUCCACCAUCACGCACCCUACUCCCAUAUCGCCCAAAGGAUCCCGCUGUUGAGUCAUUUCCAGCAUUUCAACAACUACAGCAGCAGCAGCAGCAGCAGCUUGAGACGCUAUACAAUGGGCAGAACCAAGACGUGGAGACCAGUGCACCUGGUGAUUUGCACUCCUACCCGAAUCCCAGCGAUUAUCACAAAGCCUGCCAAGACGCCACUGCAUCUCUCGACGCAGCUGCCAAACUCGCAAAAGACACCGGAGGAAAUCUGAUCUCUACAAUGAGUCUGAUCCGCUCGACAUGCGAACAGCUAUGCACGCAAACAACAGACCUUGGCAAGAUGCUCGAGGUCUACGCUCAACACUGGGCUUCCAAGGGCUCCAGCAUGGCCUUGAUAGACAUUCCACUAAAUCCCGACACAUGGGAAGCCAUGUCGGAGCUGAAGGAAGUUGUUCUGAAAACACACAAUACUCUUUCAAGUCUUGUUCCACCAGCAGAUCUUGGCAGGCCCUUGACAGCUGCAGAUAUCCCUCUGCAUGCUAACUUGGAGCUAGCUCGCUGUCUCGAGGUGUUGGAGGAUAUUCGAGAUCUAUUUGCAGAAUUUCUGCCCAUUCUGAAAGCGGACUUUGACGAGUUCAGAACCAAGCACAUGGGUUUCCCUCCGGCAGCACUACCCGAUCGACCUCACAAAAAGCCACACCAGCCACCGAACCCCAAAGUCCGCCAGAUCCGCGACGAGCUCUACGCCCUGAAGGACCACUUCGUCAUGAUAAAUGUCUUCCUCUCCAGACUAAAAGACUCGCACCCAUCGCCAAACGUGACGGAUCCAUUAAUCUUCAAAUCACUAAAGCGCAUCACCACAGCCAUCUCAAACGUGCUCACCAACAACCCUUCAGAUUGGAUUGAGUCAGAUAUAGGGCCAUCUUCAAGCAAGACCAUGUCGUAUGCUCAAUUCAUGACACUAGAUCCAGAUGUCUUGAGCGACAUUUCGUCGCAUUUACAAGAUUUUCAGGAUGAGCUUGGUGUUGAUGCGAAACCGGGAGAGGAUGGAUGUGACUUUUCGCAGGAGAUGAUUCAUAAUCAUCAAGAGUUCAUGUUGCUCGAGGGUGGGCAGUUACAGCAGCUUCGUUCUAUUAUUGAGUUUACUGAGACCAUCCUGAUGACGCAGGGCUAAGAAAAGAUGAGCCGAUGGGGCUAUGAUGAAAAUAAACAUGAUUGGAGUUAGUCGGAUUUAUGAAAAUUGGUUGAUGGAUUAUUUUGUUAUUGAUGCCGGGCCGAUAUAAAAAUAUGUCACGCCAUUGGUUUUAUACGCGCUGGAGAUUCUUAUCGUGCAUGGAUUAGGCUAAAUUGACGCCUUCGUUUUGGAGGAUUUAUUUCUUUCAGGGACUCCGGGUAUACGGCAACUGGACUGAGAUAAGCUACUGGCAAUCGCUUCAGACCACACCGAAUCUGGAAGCUAGCAGCAGGACCUUUUGUUGGUUUUAUGCGUCUGCCUGACCAGACAUCUGAAUUAUCUAGGCUGCUGGAUUUCUUACGUUGCGAUGUUACGCAGGCCAUGAAGAAAGUGGAGAAAGGGGAAUACUAUGAAUAGAUUGGCUUGCGCAAUGAAAAUGAC